UGGACCCAGGAACUCAGAGAGGACGCAACGUCGUCUGGCACCUGUACGUGAAAGCAACACCUGUCGCCGGUGGGUUUUUGGAGAGACAAACGCUCGUAUUUCAUGUAGUUUGAAACGCCACAAAGAGACAAGGCCUGUUUUUAGUUUGCUGGACACUGACCUGGUCUCCACACCGAGCCAACUGAGGCACAAGAUGGACUAAAAAAAAAAAACCGGACCAUGCGAGGGAUGCGUUUUUAAGGAAAUCUACCAGCGACUGUCAGAAACUGUGCUACAGAUUGAACAUGCUGCAGGUUGCAUGAGUGACAGAUAUGGGGCCAGCGAGAUCACAUUUGCAGACUUUCACUAUGAUGGCAGCUUUUUGCCUAUUUUCGGCGGCCACUGAAGGUGCGAGGCCGGAGGCGCGUGGGAAGGUCGGAGGUGCGGUGGAGUUGGAGUGUAGUUUUCCUCCGUCAGACCCAGCUGCCGCGUCCUCUGCGUCUCUGCAUGUGGUGGAAUGGGUUCGACAGGGACUCGACAUCCCCGUCUUGAUCAAAUUUGGAUCCUACGUGCCCCGGGUCCAUCCACAAUAUGAAGGGCGGGUGUCUCUGGUACGUAUCACUGCGCUGAGGCUAGAGGGCCUGCAACUGGAUGAUCAGGGCUUGUACGAGUGUCGAAUCCUCUUACUGGAUAAACCAACAGAUGAGCUGCGAAACGGCACCUGGACUCUGCUUUCUGUAACUGCUCCACCCACCUUCAAUGAAACCCCGCCUCCUGUGGUGGAGACUCUGAUUGGAGGUCAUCUCUCGCUUCCCUGUGUUGCCAGUGGCAACCCUGCUCCAACCAUCACCUGGCUCAAGGAUGGCAGUGUUAUUCAAAGAACAAAUGAUCAGGAGGGAACCUUAUCUCUGCGAGCAGUGAGCAUGCAGUCAGCAGGUCAGUACACCUGCCACGCCUCCAACUCCGAGGGAAACGUGACUCGCGUGACAAAAGUGAAGAUCAAAGGUCCACCUGUCAUUGUCGUCCCGCCCAAAAGCACCUCUCUCAACAUGUCUCAGCAUGCAUCUCUCCAGUGCCAGGCUGUGGCCGACCCCCCCAACAUGACCUACAUCUGGCAGAGAGGUGGAGAGAACGUCUAUCACAUAGAGUCUUUGAAAAAGCGAGUGAAGAUCAUGGUAGAUGGAACUCUGCUCAUCUCCAGUCUCAUCCCAGAGGAUUCUGGGAACUACACCUGCAUGCCAACCAAUGGCCUGCUGACCCCGCCCACCGCCUCAGCCAACCUCACAGUGAUGCACCCAGCAAAGGCUCUGCAAAUGCCUCAGGAGACGUUCCUUCCCACAGGUAUGGAUGGCGUGAUUACCUGCCCAGCGGUAGCUCAACCUCCACUGCUCGGUGUGGAUUGGAUGAAGGAUGGAGCGCCACUUGACCUGUUCUUGUAUCCAGGAUGGACCUUGACACCGGAGGGUUCAUUAUUCAUGGCCACAGUCAAUGACGAUGCCGCAGGCGUGUACGCGUGUACUCCAUACAACAGCUACGGCAGCAUGGGUUCAUCUGGCCCAACCAGCGUGAUUCUACAGGACCCCCCAACAUUCAGCGUCACUCCAGAGAGGCAGUACACACAGGAGGCUGGAAGGACCCUGCUCAUUCCCUGUCAAGGAAACGAGGACCCGACAAUUAAAGUGACAUGGAGCAAGGUCGACUUGGCUCGUCGCAUCUCUUACUCCAUAGAACCCAACGGCUCUCUGCUGCUGCAGCCGCUCACCAAGGACCACCAGGGGGCGUGGGAGUGCAGCGCCGCUAACCGCGUAGCCUCGGCGAAGGCCAUCACACAAGUCUUUGUCCUGGGAACCAGUCCCCAUGCGGCUACCUCUCUGUCCGUCUCUCCAGGGGUGAAGCAGGCCAACUUAUCCUGGGAGGCAGGCUUUGAUGGAGGAUCAGCACAGACAUUUUCAGUUUGGGUGAAGAAGCUUUCAGUGAGUGAUAAUGAUGCCAAGCAGGACUGGUUCUCUGUGCCUGUGCCCCUGUCCUCCGGCACCAGGCUGCAGGUGACAGGCCUGUCUCCUGCCACCGAAUACCAGUUCAGCAUCCUGUCGCAGAAUAAAAUGGGCACAGGACCCUUCAGCGAGAUCGUCACCUCACGGACUUUGGAUCCUCCUCUGAAGAGAAGUAAACUAAAGCCUCCUGCAUCGCUGUCAGCUAAUCAGGGCUCAGCAGGAGUUGUUCUGCAAUGGUCCCCUCCUGAAGCCCACCACCCUCCCAUCACACGCUUUGUUCUUCAGUCCCGCACCCAGCAAGGGGAGUGGUUUAAUUUGGUGGAGGACAUCAGUGCCAACAGUAGCGAGAUAGUCGUUCCGGGUCUGCACAAGGACUGUGUGUACGAGCUGCGGCUGCUAUCUCGACGCGGGGAGUUGCUGAGCGAGCCCAGUCCAUCAGUCAAUGUCUCCACCAUGGGGAUGGAGAUCUACCCCAGCACAUCCCGACUCCUGGAGUUUGUCCCGGAGCCAUUACUGGCCGGCGUGCUGGGCGGGGUCGGCUUCAUGUGCUUGGCACUGGUCUUGCUGCUGGGGUCCGCCUGUGUCAUCAGCCACAAGAGGGACCAGCGUCGCAGGAGGAAGAAGGAUGAGCCCCCUCCAGCCAUCUAUAAAUGCACCCCAUCAAUAAAGACUUCAGGCACCGGGAGUCCAGACAGUGUGUUGAAGAAAAGCCUACUUCCAGCCAGCACCCUCUAUCCCACCACUUCCUCUACCACCACCACCACCUCCUCCUUAUCGCAGACAGACUGUUCUUCCUGUAGCACUGACAAUCAUCAUCGGCGGAAGUCUCUUCUUUCCAACUACAGCAGGGGCCGCCUCACUAGGACAACCUCGUCUCCCAUUUCUCCUUCAAUUGAGUUGAUCUCUAGAGGUCCAGAUGGCCGCUUCACACUCCCACUGUAUGACAAUGACACUUUGAGCGUUCACAGCAGGAAAAGUGUAAGGUACGAACAACCAGCCGGAGUCCGGAGGUCUGUGUCACUGCACACUGGUGGGGAAGACAGGAAACAGCCGCCCUUUGUGCUCUCUGUUGAUCUCCCACCUUGUAAACCCGUGGAGGUCAGUUCCACAACCGAAAUCUGUGGCAUGGCCCAGCACCCGCCUCAUCACAAUCCUUACAUCUGGGAUCAGAAGCCAAGUUACGACGUCUUUCCCGACCUUAGCAGUCUGUGCUCCAACAGUAGUUUGGCCACAAUUCCUCAUCAACGUCCAGAACUAACACCCACGUUUCCGGUGCUCCCACAUAUCCGAUCCAGCCUAGGUCAACCGUCUACAACCGCCAGCACCCUGGUGCUGCAAAUGGAGCACGAGCGCGAGCGAGGGAACCUGAGUCACUGCCUGAAGCUGGCUCAGGAGAGGGAGGCGCUGGAGAGGGAGCUCCAGUGGUACACACUGGAAAGAGGCUCUAUGAGGGAAAUGAAGAGGGAGCAGCCAGACUUGGAGAGGAGAGAGGCUGGUGAUAAUGAGUUUGUCUGGGAGUAUAAGAGCAGUACUUUGCCGCACAGAUACCCCCAGAGAAGUGAGAAGAGCUUUGGUCUGUCCCCAAGCCCGUUCUCUUCAUCCUCUGUCCACUGGGAAGCCCAUCCUCUCAUCUCUCCUCCCACUCUGACCCCAGCCGGGUCUCGUUUCAGCGCGUCUUCACCUGCGAGUCCGUCUCGUUUUAAGUCCGACAGCCACCAUCUCGCUCCGUCCUUCACCAACCAGACCCCCCACCAAUCCCAGGAGGCAGGCGGUUUUUCCAAAGACAGAUUAAAUGUCCCACAUGUCUCCUCAAAACACCAGAGACAUGAAAGGGUAGAGGCAGCACCAGAGGGCUAUAAUAAUUUGCCGCAAUCCACAGUCUUAGAAAUGCAAACGAAUGAUUCAUGCUCUCAGGCACGAGGACAGAACAGUCUUAGUCAUGGCAGCCUUUCAACGUUGACUUUCCGUGGCAAUAAAUACACUGAAAGCCCUAAUUCGGCUCUCGAUGCAGUGCCAGACUCUUCACAAGCGGAGGCAUCGUUCUCCAGGCCCGCCGAUGAGGACAUGUGUGUGGAGAUGAGUGUGGAUGAGCCAGAGAUGGAGAUAAUUCGGCCCACAAAGCCGAUGCUGCACCACAGAAUCGCCUCUCAUGUGCAACGAGGGCGCCCGCUGAGUUGCAGAGGCCGGUAUGAAGACGUGAGGAGGAGCACAAACUUUAACUUCCGUAGUCCUGCUUCUGUGGACCAUAUGAUCAGGUUCCAGGCUUCUCCACAGCCUCCAGAACCAGAACUCCGGAGAGCUGUGGUCAGAGGCUCUAAAUUCUUGGACUCUAAGCAGCGAAGUCAGAGCCUAGACUCGAGGAGACGGAAUGAGAGCAGUUUUCUGACCCCCGACGCGUGGGUAGACUCGCUCAGCCAAGAGGACUGCUCUGUUGCAUCGUCCUAUCACCCAGACACUGUGUUCUGGGAACCCCAGAGCUUUCCUAGCAGGAAGAUCUCCAAACCUCCUGCAGAUUCUCCUUCUGCUACCCAAGCUGCCUCCUGCUCACAUCCUGCUGUGGCCCCUUUAUCUGCAAGGAGCAGUCCAGAGAGGUCCAUACCAAACCCUGAUGUGCCCUGCCACUACGAGCCAAGAAGAGAGGCGUCCAUAUUUCCAAAUACCGCCAAAUGGCCAAUCACCUACAACCAGGAGGCCAUGAGAAAGGCAGAAGGUUACUUGGAGGCCAUGAAGGAAGCCUCCAGAUGCUUACCCCCCGACACCAACGAGCGAGAGCUGCUGGAAGUGGAAGCAGGGGGCUAUGAGGGAGUGCUAGAGUCCGGGAGCAGCUACAGCAGUUACGCCAGCAGCGGCCGAGGCAGCAUGGAGCCUGCUAAUGGACGCCUGUCUUUGUGUCACCUUUCCCCAACCCUCGCCGACUCACCUGAGACUAUAGAGGAGAGCCAGGGGAGCACAGAGGACAAGCACAGUCACCAAAUGGAACCAAGCCAAAGGAGAAAGGCCUCUGUUGAUGAGAAUUAUGAGUGGGAUGCUGCUGAUAUCUACUCGCAGCCUGGAGACCGUGAUGGCCUGCUUCCUUCAUUGAAUCUGCCGAAGCCCGCUCCAUGCUGUAGCCUUCCCAGCAUGCAGUGCUCCACUAAGGCACUGAAAAAUUGCACUCAGCUGUCUUUGCUCUCAGGGCAUCAAAGCAGCUGCUCUGCUGAGCCAGAACCAGACACUGUGCUGUUCUGACAGCGCCAGCCUUCGGCUCAUCUCACUGGUGUGUCCUUUCACUUAUUGACUCGCAUCACAAGGCGACAAAAAGUGCAUGUAGCAGAAAGUGAGUUUUUGUCUGAUCGAUGGUAAAUUCUUUUUCAAACCCAAAAAAAAAGAAAAGAAGAAGAAGAAGUACCAAAAUAGCUUUUUUUUUUUUUGCGUAUUCUCUUUGGUCUCUUUAUUAAGUUUCUCUUGAAAAAUCAUAUGGGUCUCAGUAAAAAUAAUUCAGACACAAAAUCAUCCUUAUGCAAAGCUUUAAAAGUUGUCUUCGCAUUGUGACCAAUGAUCAUCAUCAUCAUCAUCAGGCUUUUGGACAUUUCUUCCGAGACAGUCCGCCAAUCUGCCGAUUACAAAGCAUUUUUCUGUGCCGAUGGUUGCACCACGGUCUGUGGUGAAAUCUAAUAUGCAUUCAUCAUCCAGGGACGACUCCUUGGCCACACGAGCAAAAAAAACAUCUCUGUCAUCGGCAAGUGACUGGAUUAGGCUGUGGGUGAUUGCGCUUUUCAAUAUCAUCAAUCACCACUGAGUUUAACAAAAGAGAUGUUUAUGAAACGCCAAUAAAUAAAGAAGAUAGAUAGAAUAUAAAAAGGUUAUUUUUGCUACACUGUUACUGCUUUGCUUUCGUGUAACACUGUUCCUCAAAGUGUAAUUUCCCAACAGAGAUCAUUAUCUGCUUUUUUUUUUUUUUUUUGUCCUUAAAAUACUGUGAAUUUUUUUGGACUCCAAACAUCUACUCAGUCUGGAUGAAAGCCCAAGUUUUCUCUCCAGGCAUCGUCUCCUUGUUCACUGGAGCAAGACCUCUAAUUAUGUUGGGUAAUUGAAGAGGGUCAAGUUAACUUGUCGGGCUUGUCCUUGUUUAUUUUCCAUGGCCAUGAGGGGAAAUUUAUUUUUUAUUUUGACUUGAAUAGACCAGUGGGUCAAUUCGCUGAAUGAUUGCAGCUUUUGGGUUUUUUUUUUUUCUUCCAGCAACCUGCUUCACACUUACACUGCCAUUCAAAAGGCACUUGGGAGAUAACAGUGGUGCUUUUAAGUGGCACCAGUUGAGUGGUUAAAUGGCUUCCUUGUGGGAUGGUACGUCAACACAUCCUCCGAGGGCUCGGGUAAUAAUUCAACAUUAUUGUCAGAUUGCGAGUGCUUGGUCACAUCAGUAUUUAUAACAGCAAACAUUCAGACCAGAAUAUGCUCAUUUCAAUGGGAUCCCUGUGAUGGAUUCACUCAGAGAGGUGCUUUAUGUCGUGCUCAUGUUAUAUUGGAGUUAAUGUAAUUACCAAUUUCCAUCAUGUAAAAAGCACUGUCGUCAUCAUGCGAGCUUUGAUUAUAAUUUUUUAUGAAAGACCUGAUAUAUCUGCCAUUAAAGAGGCAGGCGCAAAUGCUUCACGUCAACUAAGCUCCGUUGUUGUAUGUGAUUAAACUCAACUUUAAUUGAUGGGUAUAUUGACUAUAUUGCUUUGGAUUUUAAACUCUACUGUAAUAUAUAAACGCUCUUUAUGUAAAUUGAAAUCUUUCCCAUUUCCUCCAUCCGUCCCAUAAGACGUGUAGCAUUAAAUCUCGGGUGACUCCCAAA